GCUAAAGCUACUAACGUACACAUAACGUCCGUGUUGUAAACAAAGUUUAUAUUGAUGAUCGGUAUUGAUAAGUUUGACGUUGCAGCGGGAGUCUAAUCUUGCUGGUGUCCAGAAGUGAACGCGGACUGCUGUGAAUGGACUUUUCAGUCGUUAAACUGAAGUGAAUGAACCAACUCGCAGGACUGUUGGAUUGUAUUUAAUGGUCGUGUAACUUAGUUAACGUUAAUUCAUUUUAAGAUGUCGGUCCUGCAGAAAGACUCAAGGCUGGUGAAAACCUCUGCGCCCUCAGUGUCUCAAAUAAACGCGGAGUUUGUCACUCAGCUUUCAAACAAGUACUGGGCACCUCAUGUCAAGAAUAAAUUACCGUUUGACUCUAAGAUCAUUGAAGAGGUUUACCAGAAUGAGAUCCUCAAAUCAAAAUUUUCCAUCAGAAAAAUUAUGCUUCUGGAGUUUAGUCAAUAUCUGGAGAACUUCCUGUGGCCGAACUACACGCCUGAAGCCUCCACUAACAGCUACAUGAUGUCCAUCUGCUGCAUCGUCAAUGAGAAGUUUCGGGAAAACGUCCCCGCUUGGGAGGUGUUUAAGAAAGCGCCCACACACUUCCCUCACUUCUUCCAGCGGGUGAUGGAGUUGUGUUUGUCCGGCGAACAGUUCGGCCUCUCUCUGAAGGAGCAAACGGUGCUUCUGCUCUUCCUGGACCACUGCUUCAACAGCCUGGAAGUGGAUUUGAUCCGUGAGCAGGUGCAGAAGCUUGUGUCUCUGCCCAUGUGGAUGUGUCUGCUGCCGACGAGGCUUCAGCAGGAACUGAAGACAGUCCCUAAACUGCAGAAGUUCUGGAACCUCAUUAAAAAGAACUAUGAGAAGAUGAACACACAGGAUCAGGAGCAAGCAAAGAAAGAGCGCACCUUCCUCGCCUCCCUCAUAAAAAAGUUCCUGGCAGUUCUCGAUUCCAUCUCUGCAUCAGGCAGCGUCUCCAUGGAGAAGAUUCACUACUGCGAGCGAUUCAUUGAGUUCAUGAUUGACCUGGAGGCUCUGCUCCCGACCCGCCGUUGGUUCAACACUGUGCUGGACGAUGCUCAUCUGAUGGUCAAAUGCCAGCUGUCUCACCUCACCGGCAGAGAGAAAGAGGGUCACCUGUUCUGCCAGCUGCUGGACAUGCUGAAGUUCUACACCGGCUUUGAGAUCAGUGAUCAGACUGGAAAUGCUCUGACACAGAAAGAGAUGACCACGCUGCACUAUGACAGAAUCACCUCUCUGCAGAGAGCAGCGUUUGCUCAUUUCCCUGAGCUCAAUGAUUUCGCCCUGUCUAAUGUGGCGGCUGUGGACACGCGAGAGUCCCUCAACAAACACUUCGGUCAUCUCAGUCCCAGUACCCUCCACCGAGUGUCAGCAUACCUGUGUCUCCUGCCUGAGCUUCCUGAUGGAGAGGAAACCACCUACCAUAAAGAAUUCCUGCUGGAGCUGCUGGUGUCCCAUCACGAGAGACGAAUCUCACAGAUCGAGCAGCUCAACCAGAUGCCUCUGUAUCCCACCGAAAAGAUCAUCUGGGAUGAGAACAUCGUUCCCACCGAGUACUACUCAGGAGAAGGUUGUUUGGCUCUCCCGAAGCUGAAUCUGCAGUUCCUGACCUUGCACGACUACCUUUUGAGAAACUUCAACCUGUUUCGACUGGAAUCCACCUAUGAAAUCCGCCAGGAUAUCGAGGACGUUGUUUUACGGAUGAAGCCAUGGCAGUCGGAGUAUGGUGGCGUGGUGUUUGGUGGAUGGGCCAGAAUGGCACAGACCAUCGUCUCCUUCUCUAUAGUGGAGGUGGCGAAGCCGAACAUUGGAGAGAACUGGCCGGCUCGAGUGCGCGCUGACGUCACCAUUAACCUCAACAUCCGAGACCACAUCAAAAAUGAGUGGGAGGGGCUGCGGAAGCACGAUGUUUGCUUUCUGAUCACGGUGCGACCCAACCUGCCCUACGGCACACGCUUCGACCGCCGGCAGCCGUUUGUGGAUCAGGCCGGUCUGGUGUACGUGAGGGGCUGCGAGGUGCAGGGCAUGCUGGAUGAUCAAGGCCGUGUCAUUGAGGAAGGUCCUGAUCCAAAGCCCAAAUUGAGAGGUGACACCAGGACGUACCGAGUGUGGCUGGACUCGAACCAAUACCAGCAGGACAUGACCAACAGCAUCCAGAGCGGAGCAGAAGAUCCCUACGAGACCUUCAACGUCAUCAUGAGGCGCAAACCCAAAGAGAACAACUUCAAGGCUGUGCUGGAGACCAUCCGUAACCUCAUGAACACCGAGUGUGUGGUUCCCGACUGGCUUCACGACAUCAUCCUGGGUUAUGGAGACCCUGGUAGUGCUCAUUACUCAAAGAUGCCCAAUCAGAUCUCCAGUCUGGACUUCAACGACACCUUCCUGUCCAUCCAGCACCUCAGAUCCUGUUUCCCAGAGCACACGGUCAAGGUGACGGAGGAGGAUCCCGCUAGACAGAUGCCACCAUUCAGAAUCCACUUCCCUGUGCAGAGUGUGAAGGGUAAAAAGCGUAAAGCGGAUGAGGAAGCGGCUCCGGGUGAGGAAGAGCAGGUGUUGCUAGUGGAGCCUCACGUGACUCCAAACAGAGGCCCGUAUCCGUACAACCAGCCCAAAAGAAACACCAUCCAGUUCACACCAACGCAGAUUGAAGCCAUUCGUGCAGGGAUGCAGCCAGGCCUUACCAUGGUUGUUGGUCCUCCUGGCACUGGAAAAACAGAUGUGGCUGUUCAGAUCAUCUCCAACCUGUACCACAACUUCCCUGAGCAGAGAACACUCAUCGUCACACACUCCAAUCAGGCUUUAAAUCAGCUGUUUGAGAAGAUUAUGGCGCUAGACAUCGAUGAACGCCACCUUUUGCGUCUGGGUCACGGUGAGGAAGAACUGGAGACGGAGAAAGAUUUCAGCAGAUAUGGACGAGUCAACUAUGUGCUGUCCAGACGUCUGGAGCUCCUGCAGGAGGUUGCGCGUCUGCAGGAGAGUUUAGAUGUUCCCGGUGACGUCUCCUACACCUGUGAGACUGCAGGACACUUCUAUCUCUACCAGAUAAUGUCUCGCUGGGAGGAAUACAUGAGUAAAGUGAAGCCGAAGCCUGGCCGAGAGGUGCCGACGGAGGACGUGGCGACACACUUUCCCUUCCACAAGUACUUCUCCAACGCUCCUCAGCCGGUGUUCAGAGGACAGUCCUUCCAGGAGGACAUGGACAUCGCUGAGGGAUGCUACCGGCACAUACGCAAGAUCUUCACCCAGCUGGAGGAGUUCAGGGCGUUUGAGCUGUUGCGCAGCGGAUUGGACAGAUCCAAAUACCUGCUGGUUAAAGAAGCCAAGAUCAUCGCCAUGACCUGCACACACGCGGCCCUCAAACGCCACGAUCUGGUGGAGCUUGGCUUCAAGUAUGAUAAUAUCCUGAUGGAGGAAGCAGCUCAAAUCCUGGAGAUUGAGACCUUCAUCCCUCUGCUGCUGCAGAACCCAGAGGAUGGCUACAGUCGGCUGAAGCGCUGGAUUAUGAUUGGAGAUCACCAUCAGCUUCCUCCUGUCAUUAAGAACAUGGCCUUUCAGAAAUACUCCAACAUGGAGCAGUCGCUGUUCACUCGUUUUGUUCGUCUCGGUGUCCCAACCGUGGACCUGGACGCGCAGGGCAGAGCGAGAGCCAGUCUGUGUAACCUGUACAACUGGCGCUAUAAGCAGCUGGGGAAUCUUCCUCACGUUCAGCUUCAGCCUGAGUUCCAGACGCCGAACCCCGGCUUCACCUUCGACUUCCAGCUCAUUAACGUGGAGGAUUUCAACGGCGUGGGCGAAUCUGAGCCCAACCCAUACUUCUAUCAGAAUCUGGCAGAGGCCGAGUAUUCGGUGGCGCUGUACAUGUACAUGCGUCUGCUGGGAUAUCCUGCUGAGCGCAUCAGCAUCCUGACCACCUACAACGGCCAGAAGCAUCUGAUUCGAGACGUCAUCCACCAGAGAUGCGCCAGUAACUCCUUCUUCGGGCAGCCCAGUAAAGUGACCACAGUCGACCGGUUCCAGGGUCAGCAGAACGACUACAUCAUCCUCUCACUCGUCCGCACUAAAGCUGUGGGACAUCUGAGGGACGUGCGGCGUCUGGUUGUGGCCAUGUCUCGCGCUAGGCUCGGCCUCUACAUAUUCGCUCGAGUUUCUCUCUUCCAGAACUGCUAUGAGCUGACGCCAGCCUUCAGCCAGCUGACCGCUCGCCCUCUGCAUCUGCACAUCCGGCCUCAUGAAUACUACACCUCUACCGAGGCUCGUUCUGCCCAGCCGGAUCAGGUGGUCAAGGACAUGCCGGAGAUGCAGCAGCAGCAGCGGCUCCUGGAUCCUCCUCGUCAGGUGCUCAAACCACAGGGGAAGACAGCGGUGAUGGAGCAGGAGGAGAAGAACACCACAGCGACAACAGAGGAGGAGAAGAACACCACAGCGACAACAGAGGAGGAGAAGAACACCACAGCGACAACAGAGGAGGAGAAGAACACCACAGCAGCAAAGGAGGAGAAGAGCACCACUGGGACAGAGGAGAAGAUGAUCACCACAGCAGCUGAAGAGGAGCAGAAGAACACCAAGGCUACAGAGGAGGAGCCGAUGAUCACAACAACAACAGAGGAGCAGCAGAAGAUCUCCACAGCGACAGAGGAGGAGCCGAUGAUCGUCACGGAGGAGCAGGAGCAGGAGCAUGUGAAGAUGCCUGAGCAUCCGGGCCGAGACAGCGACAGUGGAGACAGCGAAGAGGACGAGGACGAGUAAACACAGCCGUCCCACAGCCGCUGCGCAUCAUUACUGAUCACCAAUCACCUUUUGUAAGAGGAGUUUUGUAAUAAAUGGAGUUUAACCACA